GCUCACCAUGCCCGGCAAGCACCAGCACUUCCAGGAACCCGGGGUCGGCUGCUGCGGGAAAUACUUCCUGUUUGGCUUCAACAUUGUCUUCUGGGUGCUGGGAGCCCUGUUCCUGGCCAUCGGCCUCUGGGCCUGGGGUGAGAAGGGCGUUCUCUCCAACAUCUCGGCGCUGACAGAUCUGGGAGGCCUUGACCCCGUGUGGCUGUUUGUAGUGGUUGGAGGCAUCAUGUCGGUGCUGGGUUUCGCUGGCUGCAUCGGGGCCCUCCGGGAGAACACCUUCCUGCUCAAGUUUUUCUCAGUGUUCCUUGGCCUCAUCUUCUUCCUGGAGCUCGCGACAGGGAUCCUGGUCUUCGUCUUCAAGGACUGGAUACGAGACCAGCUCAACCUCUUCAUCAACAACAACGUCAAGGCCUAUCGGGACGACAUUGACCUCCAGAACCUCAUUGACUUUGCUCAGGAAUACUGGUCUUGCUGCGGAGCCCGAGGGCCCAACGACUGGAACCUCAAUAUCUAUUUCAACUGCACUGACUUGAACCCGAGCCGGGAGCGCUGUGGGGUGCCCUUCUCCUGCUGUGUUAGGGACCCUGCGGAAGAUGUUCUCAACACCCAGUGUGGCUACGAUAUCCGGCUCAAACUGGAGCUGGAGCAGCAGGGCUCCAUCCACACGAAAGGCUGUGUGGGCCAGUUUGAGAAGUGGCUGCAGGACAACCUGAUCAUCGUGGCCGGGGUCUUCGUGGGCAUCGCCCUCCUACAGAUCUUUGGCAUCUGCCUGGCCCAGAACCUCGUGAGUGACAUCAAGGCAGUGAAGGCGAACUGGUGAGGCUGCCACGUUGGCCACGCCACCUGCCUGGCCCACCCAGGGACCUGCCACUGCGCCGUGAUGGGCACCGCUGCAGGGGCAUUUCUGCUUGGGCCUGAGCCCCACUGGGGCUCGUGUGUGGGCGUGCUGAGUGCCCACAGAGCAGCCGCAUGACUCUGCCCGUUCUGGACUUGUGUGCAUGGAGGGUGUGCGUGUCAGUGUGGGUGUGCACAGGGAGCCGCUGCCUCUGUGUUGUUGCGUGGCGGGCUCCCCGGGGGACGAGGAAGGGUGCAGGCUGGGACACUCCUCUCUGCAUGGUGGUGUGGGCGGGCGCUGGGGCCUGCUGUUGCCUGGGAUACGGCCCCAUGCAGCUCCAGAGCUCUCUUCUCUAUUGGCUGUGACCUUGACCCUUCCGGGAUCCCAUUUGAGCCUCAAGGUCUCAGACUCUAAAGUGAGUCCAAGAAUUUUCUCUCCCUUGCUUGCCUCUCAGGAUCAAACAUGAUGAUGGCUGCAAACUACUUAAAUAAACAAAACCUUGAAAACCA